GAGACAGAGAAGAAAGGAAAGAAGAAAUGGCGGCGACUUCCCAGCCCAGGGAUAAUUAUUGAGGGACACUCCGCGAGGGAAUGGAUUUUCAGAGCGCUAUGGACACGUUCGUAGAGGCAUGGAUGGCUGCAAACACGAAAACGGAUCAAGUGCAGAGCCAAGCUUUGGCAUUGACACACAAGGCCUCGCCACCUUCGAGGCCGAGCAGUGUGUCCUCGUUACCGAGGAGCCCUCAGUCUCACCAGUCCCAACAGUCUCAGCCGCAGAAUGCUGGGCAACUUCCGCCUGUGCAUCCUCAUCAAUCGCAGACGCCGCUCAGCACACCCCAGACACCGUUCUCCGCCGCGCACAACCAACACCCGAAGCAAGAGGCGAACGCGAGCCCGAAACAGGAGGGGUUCGAUCUCAGCAAAUCUACCUCAAGCACGGGGAAAAAUCUUCCGGUGCACUGCGUGGUCGAGACCAUACACAACAUCGUCGAGACGCACGUGAGCAACGCUCGUGAGAAUUGGCGCAGGCCUCAGGUGGAGACCGACUCCUACGUGAUCAUUCCGGUGGCUAUGCCUUUCCAGGAUCUGGUGGGCGAGGCUCUGGUGCGGCUCGGUUACUCGAGCGACUUGAUACCGAGCGCGAGGGGCAGCAUCGUGAUAAGGAAUUGGAAACCGUUGCCGAUGGAGAAGGUGGCGGACGGCCCCCUGUUGACGGUGGGCGACAUACUGGCCGAGUUGACGUCGGUCGCCACCCUCAAGAUCCAGGUGUACAGGUCGAGGCCGCCGCCCCCGAGCCCUGCCGCCGAGGUCAGGAACAAAUUGUUGAGGCUGUUGUUGCUGCACAGCCACGCGCUCCUCGUCUCGGCCGGUUGCCCCCUCGACGAGAUGACACUAUUAUCUCUAUGCAGAGGCGGGAACGAUUUAUCGGAAGAAACUAAACGAAACUUCGAGUCAUGGUUGCAACAGCAACAAUUGGGUCUAGGUUUGAACCCAAUGGUGCCAACCUCGAAUCAUCACCACACGCAGAGCCCUCAGCCGGAUGGUGGCGGUACCAUAGGAUCUGCGGGUGGCACGAUCGGCCCUCCACAUCCUGCUCUUCUUCAGUACUCGCAUAAAACUAGGAUGAGAACGAGUUUCGAUCCUGAGCUGGAACUACCGCGUCUUCAGCGAUGGUUCGGUGAGAAUCAACACCCGUCGCGUCAACAGAUUCAACACUACGUCUCGGAAUUGAAUGCCCUAGAAUCUCGGCGAGGCAGGAAGCCGUUGGACGUAAAUAACGUAGUCUACUGGUUCAAGAAUGCAAGAGCCGCCCAGAAAAGGGCUGAAAACAGAGGUGUUAAUGGUUACAGUCCUCCUGGGCUCAGCCCGAGAGGUGCCAGUAUUGUCAGCGAAGAUUGUACCGACGAGGAAGAGGAUUCGAGGAAUCAGUCGACAUCACCGUCUCCCUGUCCACCUGGAAGCCCACCAGUCGGCCCAUUGUCGCUCACAACCAGACCGGAGGAUCAACAACCUCCACCUUCGACACCAUCCUCGGUAAAACAAGAGGAUGCAAGGGUAUCUUCUGGUUCUGAGGACGACGAGACGAGGCCGACCGGUCCUCUACCGCCUGGAUUUUCUCUGGUGCCCAGUUCUAUGUUCGGCCAUGGGAUAAUGUACAUGUCACCUUAUCUGCCGCCUCGUGGGCCAGCUGGUUGUUCGACCAGCAUGUUGGACGAAAGGAGGAAAAGGAACCGGACGUUCAUCGAUCCCGUGACGGAAGUGCCCAGACUCGAAGCUUGGUUCACUCACAAUACUCAUCCCAGCCAUGCGCUGAUACUGAAAUACACGGAGGAAUUGAACAGGAUGCCGUAUCGGCAGAAGUUUCCCCGACUGGAGCCGAAGAACGUGCAAUUUUGGUUCAAGAAUCGGCGGGCCAAGUGCAAACGUUUGAAAAUGGCAUUGUUCGAGGGUGAAUCGCCCCAACCGCACCCGUAUCACGCGGACUAGCUCUCGUCUCUUCGUAUAACGUAAAAAGUAGGAGCAACCGAGAUGUCGCGAGAUGGCAUUAUCAUUUAUAAUACCGGAGGAUGAAGGAGGUGGAGUAAGAAGGAAAAAAAUAAAAUAAAUAAAUAAACAAAAACCAUCGUUAAUCAACCUGUUAUUUCUUUAAUAUCGUUGAACCGCGACCAUAUUCGCCACGGUCGCCACUUUUGUUGUAAUUAAUUCGCGUAAUAAUUAAUAUAAUAUGGACCUUAAUAAGUGUACAUAUGAGAAUAUUGUCGAAUAAAAAGGUAUACGUCACGAUUC